CAGUCACUCAUUCCCACGUUUAAAAAAGAUCUUCGGCUGCUCAAAUACAAAGCUCUCUCCACUAAGACGCAGAGAGAGAGAGAGAGAGAGAGAGAGAGAGAGAGUAGCAACUAUCAACUAUCAACGAAGAAGAUGCAGCGAAUCAUCCAAACCGCAGUGACACUAUCGCACAGAAAUUCCAGGUCCAAUUCUCGCUGCUUUCUCUCCCAGCUAGCCCAUACCCAAAACUCCAUUCAAGACAACAAUGAUAUUCUCACACCCAAAAUGCCCCACUUCGAUUACACCCCACCCCCUUACACUGGCCCAUCUUCUGCUGAGAUCCUGAAGAAGCGCAAGGAGUACCUCAGCCCAUCCCUGUUCCAUUUCUACAACAACCCCUUGAAUUUGGUAGAUGGGAAAAUGCAAUAUUUAUAUGACGAAACUGGUCGUAGAUAUUUGGAUUCAUUUGGUGGGAUAGCCACAGUUUGUUGUGGACAUUGUCACCCUGAUGUGGUGGAAGCAAUUGUUAACCAAACAAAGCGGUUGCAGCACUCUACGGUUCUGUAUCUGAAUAAUGCUAUUGCUGACUUUGCCGAGGCUCUGGCAUCUAAGAUGCCCGGAGAUCUCAAGGUUGUUUAUUUCACAAACUCUGGGACAGAAGCGAAUGAGUUGGCUUUGAUGAUUGCGCGGUUGUAUACAGGCUGCCAUGACAUUAUUUCACUUAGAAACGGGUAUCAUGGGAAUGCAGCUGGGACAAUGGGUGCUACUGCUCAAUCUAAUUACAAGUUCAAUGUUGUACAGACUGGAGUUCACCAUGCCCUGAACCCAGAUCAGUACCGAGGUGUCUUUGGUUCAGAUGGAGUAAAAUAUGCUAAAGAUGUCCAAGACAUCAUUGACUAUGGAACUAGUGGUCAUGUAGGUGGCCUUAUUGCAGAAGCGAUACAGGGAGUAGGUGGAAUUAUGGAGUUGGCGCCAGGUUACCUGCAAGCCGUGUAUGACAGCAUUAGAAAAGCUGGCGGCCUUUGUAUAGCUGAUGAGGUUCAGUCAGGGUUUGCUCGGACAGGCAGUCAUUUCUGGGGCUUCGAAGCACAUGGUGUUGUUCCUGAUAUUGUGACCAUGGCAAAGGGAAUAGGAAAUGGCAUUCCCAUUGGUGCAGUGGUAACAACUCCUGAGGUUGCAAAGGUCUUGACUUACCGCAAUUAUUUUAACACCUUUGGGGGAAACCCUGUAUGUUCUGCUGGUGGUCUGGCUGUUCUGAGAGUGAUUGAGAAGGAAAAGCUUCAGCAGAAUGCAUUUGUUGUGGGGUCAUAUCUGAAAGAGCGUCUUAGUGCCCUUAAGGAAAAACAUGAAAUAAUUGGCGAUGUGAGGGGGAGAGGUUUGAUGCUUGGAGUUGAACUUGUAACAGACCGCCAGUUAACAACUCCAGCUAAGGCUGAAAUUCUACAUAUUAUGGACCAGAUGAGAGAAUUGGGAGUGCUGAUAGGAAAAGGUGGGUUUUAUGGAAAUGUUGUUAGGGUCACACCUCCUCUCUGCUUCACCAAAGAAGAUGCUGAUUUUCUUGUGGAUGUGAUGGACUACACAAUGUCAAAGAUGUGAGAUCUACAAGGAUCAAGUUGCAAAGCUGAUUAUGCAUGAUUAGCCCUUUUUCUUUUUGAGGAACCAUUAUUAGCCUUUUAACUAACAAUAUAGUAGUAUUUUUUAGGUGUGUGUUUCUUUGGAAGUGCAAGCUGUUUAUAUAUGUACUGGUUUCUAUGGAAUAAAAUGUUCCCUUGCUGGAAGAUGUUGAGACACCACCUCGUUGUCUCUCUCUUCCUUUGCAACAGGAACUUUCCUCAUAUUCAGGUAGUAAAUUUGUUUUCAAAUAAGACUUGUGCUCAACCUUACUUUACAUAGGUAAGGAUGGCAAUAGCAAAGGGUGUUCCUUUUUUU